GCGCGCGCGCAUGAAUGAUCAGUUACGAUCGCAUCCAUACGUGUAGGAACCCAUACGAUCAAACCCUCUCUCUCCCUCAAAUUUAGAGCGUGUUUGAUAAUAGGAAGUGGCUUGUUUGAGAACUUCUCAACCUUUCUCGUUUGAUAAAAAUGAAAACGCCAAAUCCAAAGUUUUUCUUCCCACACCUCUGUGUAAAAACAAGUUCUGACCCAAAGGUCGGAACCUAAAAUAGGAAGCUCUAAAAUUCCUCCUCAUUCGAUAACCUGGAGCACCCCCCCGGCUGAGCACCCACCUGAGCACUCCUCUCUGCGCCGCGGAGCAUCCACACCGUUGAGCGCCCCUCUUUUCACAACUUCUCAUCUCGCCGCUGAGCCAGCCCAGCACGCCAUUAUCUCAGGCAAACCUGUGAUCCUUGCCAUUGAUCCUGAGAUACGAUUUUCGGAUGAAUGGCUGCCACUUCAGCAUACCCGCCGCCACCUCCGUUCUACAGGCUUUAUAAAGAUUAUAUUGAGGAUCCAAAGUCAGCACCGGAGCCACCGCCUCCUAUUGAUGGAACUUACACUUUAUAUGGCGCAACUUAUACGACUGAUGACGUGCUUCCAAGUUUGGAAGAACAAGGAGUUCGCCAGUUAUAUCCUAAGGGGCCAAACAUUGAUUACAAGAAGGAACUGAGAGCGCUGAACCGAGAGUUGCAGCUUCAUCUCUUGGAACUUGCAGAUGUGCUUGUUGAGCGACCAUCUCAGUAUGCACGGAGAGUGGAAGAGAUAUCUCUUAUUUUUCGGAACUUGCACCAUCUCCUCAAUUCUUUGCGUCCUCACCAAGCCAGAGCUACACUAAUUCACAUUUUAGAACUUCAAAUACAAUGUCGUAAGCAAGCAGUGGAAGAUAUUAAGAGAAGAAGAGAAGAAGCACAGCAGCUGCUCAAAGAAUCUCUUGAAACCCUAGAUGGACACUUGCCUUGAACCGUAUUUCUGAUAACUAUAUUUGCCAGUUACCUAUUAUCCAUGUUCUAUAUUAAGAUGGAUUUUGCGUAGCCACUACCCACUUGAGCUUGUUUCCUCUGUAAAGUUAUCAGUCACCAUAAUCAAAGAUGAAAGAACAGAGACCAGGUUCAUGGGUCCAAAGUUAUACUUGCGCUCAAUGUUCUCUCUCUAGAGGCAGGCUUCUGAAGUCAUCACUUCUUUGGUACUCUCUCUCUUAGUUGUCAUUGCUUUUACUUUACCUGGAAUUUCAUUUGAACAUAAAAAAAUUUAUGUUCAACAUGAACUGCAUGUUGUCAUCCCUCUAGAGGUAGACUUCCCGAGUCGAGCCUUCUUUCGUGCUUUCUGUCUCUCUCAUACAAUUUUUGUUGCUCUUUGCUUUUUCUGGAAUUUCAGUUGAGAAAUAGACAGAUAUGAAUAUUUUAACAUCUUGUGGUACUAUGAUUUCAGCAUCUUUGGGGUGGUUUUAUAAUGAAGACUGGGUACUUGGUCUUUACCAAUUCACAAUUUCAAAGGUUUGAAAGGUACCUUUAGACAGCCAAGUGCUUUGUUGUGUAAAACCUAACUGCCCACUCACCCCCAUUUCAAAUGGAGAGCCUAUUUGAUGACUUGUUCAACUUGAUGGAUGUUGCUUGCCUGUUUUGGUGUAAACAUUAUACCAAACAAAGAAAAAAAUCAGCAUGAGAGAUACUUCAUUGUAGUUGUGAUCAUACAUUUUCUUCUGAUUGUUAGAGUUGAACUUGUACGGUUGCUAAUGCAGUUGAGAUGGGAUAAGAUUGUCUUGUCUGAUGAAAUAUUGAACGGCCAUUGUAUUCUACA